CUUCUUCAAAUUUCCAUCUGCAACAUCUAAACCUCCUUCGCGUUAAUAUGCAGACAUCCAACUCAAACAUCGAUUCACCACCGGUCUCACCUACCAUUGGUGAGAUGCAGAAACCUUUGGAUGCGAUUAUGUGCAAGGAAUCGGACCAUGACACCGUCAGGAACGGUGUCAGCUAUCGUCAGCGGCAACUCGUUGAAGAGAAGGCCAAUAUUAUUCAGUCCAACAUUUCUCCAAGGCAAUUUUCAUCAGCCAUUUGGCGAUUACCUACGGAAAUACUCUCGCAAAUUUUCCUUUACUGUCUGCCAGAAGACAAAGAAUUCCCUUCGCCCAUACGAAGUCAGGCUCCCUUGCUGUUGACCGGCAUAUGUCGACGAUGGAGGGAGGUUGCUGUGGACUUACCAAGUUUAUGGUGCACACUGCAGUUGACCGCGGACAAUCACUGGUACCGGAGAGCUCGCUUCUACGACUCUUGGCUCAAGCGAUCGGCAGGACGCCCGCUCUCACUCACACUG